AGACGCACACUUACUAACUCCCAGUCGCACCACGAUGCACUUUGACCUUAAUUUCCCGGUCACUGCAUCUGGAUCCACUUCUCAACCAAAGAAGAAUAAAAACAAACAACCCCAGCAAUCCUCGCAGGCAGCUUUCACUCCUGCUCAGAUAAAGGGAAUCGAAGCUCGUCUGGACCUUCUUGAACAUUUAGGAUACACUGUGAUUGCGUUUAAUCAAUCUGUGAACAAGAAAAUUGACCCGAAAACUCAUGUCAACAUUCUGGAUGGACUCCUUCAACAGCUGAGGGCGAGGCCAGGGACGGUAUUCUUGAAGCGACUUACAAUCGUUCUCGAUAAUGACAGUGAGAAAGGCUUUGGUCUGACGAACGCAAACGCCUCCCUUGUUGAGCCCUACGAUGUAAUUGCUCUGCUGCCAACGACCCCCGCGACAUUUUCACUUGCUUGCCUCACACACAGUCUUCCUUCGCCACUCACUGCACACAUUGUUGCUCUUCCUUUAACGCUCCCCCGACUGCCCUUUCAGUUGAAGCACACGUUGGUCAGAACUGCGAUAAAAAACGGCGCGGUGUUCGAAAUCAAUUACGCAGGAGCCAUCGGUGGUGAAAGUGACGCUAGUUUAUCAACUUUUGGUGUAAGUGAUACUGGUGCAAGUGGCAAACGGAAUUGGUGGGCCGCUGCACGAGAAGUCGUACGGGUGACGAAAGGCAAAGGCAUUAUUGUGAGUGGUGGAGUUGCCUCUGAGGCAGACUACAGAGGACCCAAGGAUAUCGCAAAUUUGCUCACGUUACUGGACCUGGCACAAAAUUUGGCUCACGAUGCAUCAGUUGCUGCGCCAAAAUCGCUCAUCUUGCGGGCACAGGCACGCAAAACCUAUCGAGCGGUCCUAUCAGAACCCAGGUUGGUGAUUCCAGAAACUACUCAGGUGGUGGCUCCCAUCCAGCAGACCGGAGAUAGCGAGAAGCGCGACAACGUAAAUAUCUCAGAAAAAUCGAGUCGAUCUUCUCCGAACCCUGCCCUAACGCUACCUCAACCAGCGGGAAGCAAGAAGCGGACUUGUGACGAAGUUAGUCUCGAAUCUACGGCAAACAGACAUGUGAACAAAAAAAUCAGAGAAGCUGCUAAUGCCGAGGGCCAGUCCCGAAGAAAAAAGAAGAAAGGGGGCAAUAGAUAGAGAGCUGGUACAGUCUAGUAGUUGCCACAUGAUUUGUAUUAUCCUACAGAACAUGCCUUGGCCCUUCAUAGACAUCUGAGUGGUCUGCGACCACUCAUUAGGUCUUUCUUUCCGUGGCAAAUGAGACGGUCACGUGGAUAGUUCAGGCUUCCUCCACACCAUCAUCGAUCCCACGAUCCGGAGGACAAGCCAAUGAGGUAGCCACUGGAAGAAUCCGAAAAGACGGGACUUACCCCCCAGUGUCAUGUAACUUGGAGGGCUGGAACUCAGUACUUUUGCAACUACGCGGCGUGCAAAUUCAUCGGGAUCCAUGCUCCCCUUGGCUUGACUACCAUCCAGGCG